CAUUGACGAAUACUGUGUGCAGCAACUAAAGGAGUUUGAUGGGAAGAGCCUGGUCUCAGUUACCAAGGAGGGUCUGGAGCUACCAGAGGAUGAGGAGGAGAAGAAGAAAAUGGAAGAGAGCAAGGCAAAGUUUGAGAACCUCUGCAAGCUCAUGAAAGAAAUUUUAGAUAAGAAGGUUGAGAAGGUGACAAUCUCCAAUAGGCUUGUGUCUUCACCCUGCUGCAUUGUGACCAGCACUUAUGGCUGGACAGCCAAUAUGGAGCGGAUCAUGAAAGCCCAGGCACUUCAGGACAACUCCACCAUGGGCUACAUGAUGGCCAAAAAGCACCUGGAGAUAAACCCUGACCACCCUAUUGUGGAGACGCUGCGGCAGAAGGCUGAGGCAGACAAGAAUGACAAAGCAGUCAAGGACCUUGUGGUGCUGCUGCUUGAAACCGCCCUGCUCUCUUCUGGCUUUUCCCUUGAGGAUCCCCAGACCCACUCCAACCGUAUCUACCGCAUGAUCAAGUUAGGUCUAGGUAUUGAUGAAGAUGAAGUGGCAGCAGAGGAACCCAGUGCUGCAGUUCCUGAUGAGAUCCCUCCUUUUGAGGGCGAUGAGGAUGCAUCUCGCAUGGAAGAAGUAGAUUAGGAGUUCAUAGUUGGAAAACUGCCCUUGUAUAGUGUCCCCAUGGCUCCCCCUGCAGCUUUGAGUGCCCCUGUCCCAUCUGACUCCCCUUGCUGAUGUCUGGUGUUUUUCUGUCCUGUCCUUUGGUGGAAGGCAGGAAACAAGGGUGUCAAGCCCCCAUUCUUUCCCUACUCUGACAGCAGGA